GGGGGGAGGGGCCUCCAUCCACAUUCCCAGAAGAGGAGCAGGUCUGCAAAGGAGGAAGAAAAAAGAAAACAAAUCGGGUUUCCUCCCCACUUCGCCCUCCAAACCAGACAAUAAAGAAGGCAGUCAGAAUUCUGUGGGGCCAUGUUCAAUGUGAAUAACGAAGAAGCCAUUUAAAUACAUGGAGUGUGGAAAGAGAAAGGAGAAACAAUUUGAAAGUAUGGAGUGUGGGAAGAGCUUCAGUCACAGUGGAACACUUAGAAUUCAUCAACGGAGUCAUAUAGGAGAGAAACCAUUUAAAUGCAUAGAUUGUGGAAAGAGCUUCAGUCAGAGUGCACACCUUAGAAACCAUCAACAGAUUCACACAGGAGAGAAACCAUUUACAUGCAUAGAGUGUGGAAAGAGCUUCAAUCAGAGUGGAAACCUUAGAAUUCAUCAACGGACUCACACAGGAGAGAAACCAUUUAAAUGUAUGGAGUGUGGAAAGAGCUUCAGUGACAGCGGAAAACUUGGAAGUCAUCAUCUAACUCACACAGGACAGAAACCAUUUAAAUGCAUAGAGUGUGGAAAGAGCUUCAGAAAGAGUGGACACCUUAGAAAACAUCAACAGAUUCACACAGGAGAGAAACCAUUUACAUGCAUAGAGUGUGGAAAGAGCUUCAAUCAGAGUGGAAACCUUAGAAUUCAUCAACGGACUCACACAGGAGAGAAACCAUUUAAAUGCAUGGAGUGUGGAAAGAGCUUCAGUCACAGUGGAACACUUAGAAUUCAUCAACGGACUCACAUAGGAGAGAAACCAUUUAAGUGCAUGGAGUGUGGAAAGAGCUUCAAUCAGACUGGACAACUUAGAAUUCAUCAACGGACUCACACAGGAGAGAAACCAUUUAAAUGCAUGGAGUGUGGAAAGAGCUUCAGUCACAGUGGAACACUUAGAAUUCAUCAACGGAGUCACAUAGGAGAGAAACCAUUUGAAUGCAUAGAGUGUGGAAAGAGCUUCAGUGACAGUGGAAACCUUAGAAUUCAUCAACGGAUUCACACAGGAGAGAAACCAUUUAAAUGUAUGGAGUGUGGAAAGAGCUUCAGUCAGAGUGGAUACCUUAGAAACCAUCAACGGAUUCACACAGGAGAGAAACCAUUUAAAUGUAUGGAGUGUGGAAAGAGCUUCAGUCAGAGUGGAGACCUGAAUUCACAUCAUCGAACUCACACAGGAGAGAAACCAUUUAAAUGCAUAGAGUGUGGAAAGAGCUUCAGUCAGAGUGGAACACUUAGAAUUCAUCAACGGAGUCACAUAGGAGAGAAACAAUUUAAAUGCAUGGAGUGCGGAAAGAGCUUCAGUGACAGUGGAAACCUUAGAAUUCAUCUACGGAGUCACAUAGGAGAGAAACCAUUUAAAUGCAUAGAGUGUGGAAAGAGCUUCCGUCGGAGUGGACACCUUAGAAAUCAUCAACGGAUUCACUCAGGAGAGAAACCAUUUAAAUGUCUGGAGUGUGGAAAGCGCUUCAGUCAGAGUGGAACACUUAGAAUUCAUCAACGGACCCACACUGGGGAGAAACCGCUUAAAUGCAUGGAGUGUGGAAAGAGCUUCACUGACAGUGGAAAGCUUAAAAUUCAUCAACAAACUCAUACAGGGGAGAAGCCAUAUAAGUGCUAGGGAAGUCUAUAGAGGUUCAGUUGUAGUGGAAGUCUUAGAAACCAUCAAAAGACUCUGAGGGGUAAGAGUUGUAAGGCUGGAAACUACAAGCCAUCAAUUAACUCAAAUAAGAGAAAUGGUUUAAAUAGAAGUAGUGUGGGAUCUGCUUUGGUUAUUAUGGAAUGCUUUUCCAAAACAUCUACUGACUUCCAUGGGGUGGAACCAUUUAGAGUGUAGAAUGUGUUUCUCUGAGUUGACACUUUAUUUCACAUCAAUAACAGGAAAUCAAUCUUUGUUAAAUUGUCCAAUUGUCUAAUUGGCAAUUAUCAAUAAAAGAGCUUUGUGAGACAGAAAGAUAGCAGAGAAAUCUAUCUGCCUACGAACAACUUCUUAGCUGUGUUUUAGACACUUGCAAAAAUACUCGCCCAGUACGCUCCGUCACAAAUGUCGAGCCUCUGUUUCUAAAACUCCAGAAACUUUUCCUCCCAAGUUCAGAUCACAUUCCGUAGCAGCGGAAACUUUUAUCCAGAUUUCUGUGCCUGUGAAAUAAUCACAUCCACUCCCUUGUUCGUUAAAACAAAGAUUUAUUGCUUAGAGCAGCUCAGCCAGGGGAGUUCAUCUCCAUCUCGACUGGAAGCUGUGACAUGAACAGACAGUAUAAAAACAUACAGUGUCGUAUAUAACAGAUACAACAGCAACAGGUACUACUUCCUGUUUAUAUGAACACAUCACAGGGCCCCCGUGAUACAGGACGAUUGCUGAGCUAUUAACCCUCUCAGCUCACAAUCUUAAAUGCAUGCAGCAUAUGUGAGUUUCUGUUGUUUGUAUGUAACAUUGUCUAGACAUGUAUUUAAAGUAGUGAAGGAAACUUUUCACAAUAGUAAGCAUAAUAUAAUAUUUAAUGUUUUGUUAUAUAGGGAGGAGGAGUGUGUUAGUCUCUGGAGUGUUGCUUCUGAAUGAGGAUGGAGUGAGAGUGAGCUGGUUCUGGUGUUUGGUGGAGGGAGGUGGAAAUGUUUGUAUCUGGGAAUGGAGAGUUGCACAAAGUGGGGUUGAGACUGGGGGUGUUGAUUUGGAAGCAGAGUUAGAUUAAUAUUAUAGGAACAGCAGCAUCACUCCCACUGUUAUAAUUGCAAUAAUGGAACCAUGAAGACACAUAAAAAACUGAAAGCACCUACUUAUAUGCCGACGGUCAUCUUGAAAUCCUCACCUUUUCUUUUGAUUUAUAGAUAUAUUGUGUAUAGAUAUAUUUGGUGACAGGAGAAAUAAAAAGGGUAAUUAGUGGCCUAAGCAGGAAAGGUUCUGUUCCCAGUUGCACGUCUUUCAUGAGGAGGGAAGGGGGCACAGGGAAGAAGGGGCUGUACCAGAGCAUCUCAAAGCAAUGUGCUGCGGGGGGGGGGCACGGUGACACAAGUGUGUGUAGAAUGCUGUCCCCAGAAUGACACGGGGAGAAACAAUAUGGAUGAGUAUAAUGUGGAAGGAGGUUCAGGCAGGUCCCAAACCGAGAGUGCUAAGGGUCAACUUCCUCCAAAUCCACCAGCUGCCCCAAGGCAGGAGCCACCUCUGGGCCCAGAGGGUGGAAAGCCUCCCUCCACCUUUGAAACAGGACAUGAUCUGACAGAGUCCUCCUGUCAGCAGAGCACAAUGUGUAUUAUUGAUUUAAUUAUCUUAUUGUUGCUGUUGCCAUCAUGGAAUGGCUGGAUGCAGAGGAGGGGAGAGACCCCUCUUUUCACUCUCCUAAAUCUUCCACCAUUCCUGCUUCAUUGGAUUCCAUGAGUUCUCGUUUUAUGGGGGGGGGACUUUUCUCUAUCCUCUUUCUCCAUGCUAUCUGGUCAGUCACUCCUUCCUUGUCUUCUUUCUAAACUAAAAGGUCCCAAAUACUGAACUGUGCACAGUACUCCUAAUGUGUUCACACCCUAGAUCUGCAUGAGACCAUUAGGAUAGUGGCAGGUGUAUGUUUUGCUAAAUGCAAAAUGGUUCUUUUAUUAGAUUCAGAGUGAGUGAGACGUUUUACAUAUUUUUUUCUGAGCAGCAAGUAAAAUAUAUGUUCCCAUCUCAAGCUACCUGGGGGUCACUUCGGCACUUGCUACCCCCAGGUAGCUUGAGAUGCAAACUCCUUAUUGCCAUGCUAAAAAUAUAGAUAUUAUAUACAGGCUGUGCUCAUGUUUUAUGGCCAGACAGGCUUAGCUAGGCCACUCUGCAUCAAAGGGUAAAAGCCAGGCCAUACAUCUCAGGCUUUUACUGAGCGGUGUAUAGAUAACACAUCAAACAUUGUUUAUAAGGGAUAGAGAUAGAGUAAUAAAACAUAGGAAUGCAGAGCCAGAUCUCCCUAUCAGAUCACUAUCUCCUCAAAAUACAAAAAUUCCUUCAGUAGCACCAACUAAGUUUUUAUUUUGGUAUGAGCUUUCGUGUGCAUGCACACUUCUUCAGAUACCUGUCCUCAAAAUACAAAAAUCUUCCACAAUUAAUCCAUACAGUGCAUUUCGAAUCCCUUCCUUAAACAUCCCCAGUGUGGAUGUUUUUCUGAGCCUCUGCACACGGGGUCAACAUUUUCCCUGAGUUACCUAACAUGACCCCAAGGUCGCGCUCCUGGUCCCUCACCUCCUAUCCUCAGCCUCUAUGUGAAAUUAAGGAUUUUUUUUGGCCCAACAUGCAUCUGUUUAAUCUUGCUGACAUUGAACUGGAACUAGAGAUGUGAAGGCCCGGAACCCCCCCCCCCCGAAAAAUUCCCCAUUUUUUUUCCUGAAGCCUUUUUUGUUUGUUUGUUUUUUGGAAAAAUAAAAAAUAGAUUAUGGAAUGUUUUAUUUUAACAUGAUGAAUAAAAUAUUUUAAAUAAGGGGUUCAAAUAUUUUAUAAAUCAUUUUUAAAAAUAUGUAAGGUAUCAGAUUAUUCUAAUUUCUGUGAGGACAAGCAAGUCCUAGGUUACAAACUGAACUCUCCAAUGCAAGAACAAGACACAUUUCUUCCUUUAUGAGGUGCUGUUGUCACCAGAAAAGAAAAAGGUUUCAGUUUUUUGUUUUUGCAUUCGUGUGGUAUGCAUUGGUUCUGUUCCUCUUUACUAGGCCUCAAAGCACUGGAAGAAAAUAUAAAGCAACAAAAACAGGGGGGUGGGGGGGUUCCGAGCUUCAAAAUUUCUGAAAGUUUUACAUCUCUAACUGGAACCCUGGCAGAACGAAUGGAUUGUGCCAACCUGGGUUUAAUGACAAAGGGACAUGUUGUUGUUGUUGUUGUUGUUGUUGUUACCACACCCAUAUAUUACUUCCAGCAUAAUAUAAAAGUUAAUGAAAUGUCAAACAAAAAACUCCCUGAACAGGGCUGCCUUCAGAGGUCUUCCAAAAGUUAUGUUCUGUGGUACCUCUAGUUAUAAACACCUUGGGUUGCAAACCCUUCAGGUUACAAACUGGAAGUCGUACCUCAGGAUGAGAACAGAAAUCAUGCGCCAACGAUCCACCAUUAUGACAUCACAAUAGAAAGGAAUUUGUUUCCUCUUGGAGGCUGAGAGCUGUCAACACUGAAGAGAGACUACAAUAUGAGGUUGUAAAUUUAUGAAAGGCUUUUCUCAGCGCUGGAUUAAAGACUUUUAAGUUAUGAAGAAGAUUAAAAAAUGAGAGUUAGAAACCAGACCGGACGUGACUUUAAGUAUUAAGGAUUGGAAAUACAGUCGGCACCAUUUCCUGCUCUGUUACUCCCAUGAAAUUUGAGAUGACCAGUAAGAUGGAAGACACAACAUCUGACUUUGUUGACUUUGAAAAACUAUUUUUGGAAUUACUUUUGGACUUUAGAGAUGAGAUGCGUAAGCACAAUGGAAAAGUACCAAUCCCAACAGAGAAUGAAGAGAACAAAGUUGAAAUAACAUCAGACUUGAAUCAUGAAAUACUUUAAGAAGGAGAAGAGGCAUGGAUCAUUGUUCCUCCAGGGGGGGGGAGACAGGAUCCAUGUUUGAUCCAAAAGACCUUCAAAGAGGAACCAGCAUGGAAUGAUGCCCGCCCAGUGAGAGGGUGGGGGCAGGAUGCAUGCUGGGGACAGAGUUUGAGGG